AUAAAUACGAUCGUGACAUUUUGCGCCAGUUUCGUACACAUUUCAAGCAGAAGUGUUUUGGCUCAUUCCUAUGGCUCGUUCAACACAAGGCCCUAUAUACCGUUCAACAGUGAGCUAAGAAGAUUUUAGCUCCCCUUAAUUUGGUGAAGUUUGUGAGCCAAUUACUGUGGAUUUUGGGUUUAUUAAAUCUUAAUUUUUUUCACAGCAAGGCCUUCACAGUUAAAUUGUGCAGAAUGGCAGCUGACAUGGAUGAGCAUGAAACCAAGAUUGUGAAUGAGUUUUGUCAUCAGCUUGAAAAAUCAAAACAGCUUUUCAAUGGCCUCAGGGAUCUGCCGCAGUAUGGCCACAGGCAGUGGCAGUCCUACUUUGGCAAAACAUUCGACGUUUACACGAAACUAUGGAAGUUUCAGCAGCAGCACAGGCUGGUGCUGGACCACAAAUAUGGACUGAAGCGGUGGCAGAUCGGCGAGAUCGCUUCCAAGAUCGGACAGCUCUACUACCAUUAUUACCUGCGGACCAGUGAAACAAACUACCUAAACGAGGCUUACUCGUUCUACUCGGCCAUCCGUGGCCGGGCCUACUACAGUCGCACCAACAAGGACGACAACCGGCCAGAUAUGAUGGUGAAGAAGCUGCGGUACUACGCUCGCUUCGUGGUCGUCUGUCUGCUGCUGAAGAAGAUGAAACUAGUCAAGGAUCUUGUCAGGGAGCUGGGCCGGCACGUGGAGGAGUACACGAGCACUUACAAGCCCGAGGAUCAGCUCGAGUGGUCGAUGGUGCUCAGUGAGAUCCACUCGUUCAUUGAGGCCGACAGUGUCGUCAGCGUGCUCGACGUGGACUCGAACCACGUCGUGCUCUCGCACAGGCUGGACCCGCUGACGGUACCGCCCGUGGAGCGUACCCCCUCCAUGUGUCUCUCACUGCAGGAGAUUCUGGUGGUGGGCAACUGCGCCGAGCAGGCCAAGUUCAGCGAGCUCACCAUCGACAUGUUCCGGAUGCUGCAGACGCUGGAACGGGAGCCUCAGGAGGAUGGGCUGCACAACAGCUGCGAAACGUCGCCCAACUCGGCGCGCACGCCCUACGAGAACGGCGACUCCGGCCGGACGGUGGGGAAGCGGGAGAACCCGCACAAGUACCUGCUGUACAAGCCCACCUUCAGCCAGCUGAUGGCCUUCCUGGCCUCCGGCUUCAAAGAACUGCCGGCCAACGGCGCCAUGCUGCUGUACCUAUCGGCCGACGGCAGCUUCUCGACGCCGAAACACAACGACGACCCCGGCUACGACUUCGGCGGCGUGGUCACCAACAGCAAAAAGGAGCUGGAUACGCAGGGCCGCUGGCAGGUGAUGAUCAAGGACCUGCACUGUUUCUACCCGGGCGACCUGCAGCCGUUCACGCGAAAACCGCUGUUCGUGAUCGCCGACUCCAACAACUCGGUGGUGUUCCAAAAUGUGCCCAACUACUUCGGCCAGACGCUGGUCAUUCUGAUGUCGCCCCAGUACGUGCCAGAGGCGUACCAAGAGGAGCAGUCCAAGGGCAGUCUGUUCACCCUGUUCCUGCACUCGCCUCUGAUGGCGCUCUGCUUCAUCUUCAACCUGGCCAGCCUGCGCGGCCACGUCUGGGACAAGGGUCAGGCGAUAGUGAAUCGUUUCAUGGCGGAGGCUGCACGGCUCGUCACCAGCUGUCGCUCCAUCGACCCUGCCUACAUCCAGUUCUUCGGUGACGACUUUCUGCGACUGCUGUUGCUGCGCUACAUCUUCUGCGUUGUGGUGCUGCGGUACCACUGCGCCUUCAAGGGGUGCCAGUACCAGCCGCGGGCGCAGCCGGCGCUGCCCGAGUCGGGCCUGCUCGACCAGCCGAGCCUGCACAAGCUGCUGGUGGAGCUGGCCUCGCUGCUGGACAGCCGCCACCUGCUGCUGCAGCCGCUGCCGAGUCCCAAGGCCACGCCGCCGAUCGCGCAGGCCUGAUCGCCCCGCCCGGCCAGCCCGGCGGCCGGCGCCGCCCCCUGACCAACCUAUCGGGCCGGCUCCGGUGGGACACACCGUGCAGGUAGGCGUCUCGAGAGCAGCCCCGCCUCUUCCCAGAACAGACACCUCUGUCCAGAACAGACCUGUCUUUCUCCCCAUGCAGGACAGGCCUCUAUGCAGGACAGACCCCUCUGUGCAGGACAGGUCCCUCUGUGCAGGACAGGCCCCUCUGUGCAGGACAGGUCGUCCCUCCAGAGCAGGAGCAGGUCCACUCCUCUCCAGAGCCAUCCUGUCUAGUCCACCGGUGUCCAAACUGGUGUUUCUGAGCAGACUCGCCUGUGUCCAGAGCAGCCUGCCUCUGUCCAGAGUUAUGCCCAGUCUGUCCAUAGCAGGGCCUCUGUCCAGAGCGGGAUAUUCUGUCGGCGUGUCAGGCUCGCGGAGUCGUGUCCGUGUGUGUGUGUGUGUGUGUGUCCGUCUGUGAGGCCGCCCGUGAGAAGCGCAGCCCGCCGCGGGCUGUCCCGGGACUCUGCUGCACAAACUGGUCAGCCAGGUGGAGCGGAGCAGCCGAGUGCUUCUGUGCGUCCCUUCGAGACGAGUGAUUGCGUAGAUCUCACGUUGCACAGGUAUUACACCGAUGUGGUAUUACGUUUCGAGCUUAAUUUAUCAUAGAGGUGAUGUGACCAGGCGUUUCGUUUUUUACGGAGAAGCUUUGGCUUUAGUCAUACUCAGUUUGUUUACGUCGCUGUUUGUUUCUUGUUUGUCAGUAGCAGCUAUUACAGGCGCCACUGUGUAGGGCGCCGUGUGCCGUCAUACCGAUGACAGCGAUUGAGAAAUGAUGUCCGGUUCGCUGUCAGACUUUGGAGACUUUUCGACUUGGCCGAGAGAAAGUUUGUCAUUUUGCUGAUAGUCUAGCGGAAGUGAAAGCGGGUUUUAGUCAGGUCUCUCGCCAGUUCCUGCUUAGCGAGAUAGUUCUCGUAAGAGAUUGCUUAGCUUCAGUAGUGUUACAUUCCAGCGGUAACGUCCGAACGUUAACGCUACAUUCGUCGUAGACUUUGUUACGCAGCUUUGGAAUACCUUAGCCUCGUUUGGAGUCAUAUCAACUCUCGAUUCGAUCGCAGUAUUCCGGCAUCUGGUCGGUGUUCAGAACGUGAAUUGAUCCGAUCUAUAUUGUUCAGGAUGUGUAUUGUUUGAAAAGUGUUGAGAUUGUGGAGAUGGCUUGUUCCUAUGUUCAUGGUGCAAAGUUCAGUUUCGUGAUAGGGGCGCUGUUUCGCCUGCAAGUAUUUGCGCAGCCUCCGGUCAGUAUUAAGUUCAAAUGAUUUGUUAUUUGUUUUACUGCCAGCCACCCUCCCCACACCGCGAGUUCAUACCCUGAUGAUGCUUUGGUGCACCCCUUUGAUUCGCCGCCGGUCGCCGUCUGUUUUGUAUUGCCCGCGGUCAGCUGACCCGCUCCUGGCUGCGUGUCUGUACCGUUUGCUCGGUCCCGCCGGCCCCGCACACAUCUGACACGGCCGGAGGCGCGGUCUGUGUCCCCCGUGUCCCCCCACCGGCGCGCGCCCGUACAAUACACGGCUUUCCAGG